AUGGAUCAGCAUCUUCAUCCGGAUGAACCCAUUCACGUUGACGCUGUUCAUCGACAGCUCAAUCCCAUCCGUGUUUUUUACCGCACACCAAUGGAUAAACUCUACAAGCAUUUCCUAAAGCCGACAUUUGGAGUAUUUUAUGGAUCUUUUAUACGCGCUGUAGUACCAAAAGUGUUAAUGGGAUGGCUUGUUGUCGAGAUUUGCUACUACUAUUGGAAAUAUGAAGCAAGGGUAAGUUUUAUAUCAAGCCAUUUAAAAAGUAUUCCUUCGCAUUUUGCGAUUUAG